AUGGACGCCGGUUUGACCGCUGCAGUUCCUCAUGCACCCAACACAAACCCCAAGUACAGAACUCAAGUGCAACACCAAGAACAAGAACAAGAACAAGAACGACAAACUCUAACCCAGAAACGCAGGUUCGCUCAAAUAGAAACCCACAACAACAACAACAACGUUAACAACGACGAGGAGUUGACAGGGACAGGACUUGGGUAUUCUUGUUCUUGGGUUUCAAACGAUAACAAGACGAUGAUGAUGCAUCAACGCUUAAUGGAGAUGGAAAACCAGCUUCUAGGAGAAAGAGAUGACGAAGAAAGGGACGCGGCUUCGACGAUUACAAACUCAGAAGUGUAUCGGACAAUGGAGAGGCUGAUGGGUCCCACUCAAACUCCAACUCCCACACAGAACCAGAAACCAUUGACAUCAUCGAAGCAAUGGUUGAUGGAGGCCGCAUCCGCGAUUUCACAAGGGAAUUUGGAUGCUGCGUCCAAGUUCUUACAAAUCUUGGCGCUGAGAUCAUUUUCAAACCUCAAUUGGAAUGGGAAGAAUAUCACCAAUUCAGAUCAACGCUUCACGGCUUCCAUGAUUUCUGCCCUCAAAUCUCGAAUGCAACUUCCCCCACAUCUGCCCCAACAACUGUUCUCUGUUGAACACGCCGAGUCAACUCGUUUGCUGCUCCAUCACUGCUUCUGUUUCAAUGCAGCUGUCACGGCUGCAAAUAUCACAAUCCUCCAAUCUGCUUUUGACAUUCAAAACCAGAAAGUCAAUUUAUCUGUCGUGGAUUUCAAUAUUGGCAAUGGCAUGCAAUACGUUCAACUGCUCCAAUUAUUGUCUGUAAACGUCAAUGGGAUGAUCGCCGUCGUCAAGAUCACCGCCGUCGUCUUCGCUGAGAGGAGUUUCAACAUGUUAGAGACCAUGGUUGGCCCAUUGCUCAGACAACUAGCACUCGCACUCGGGAUUGUUCUUCUAUUCAACGUGGUGACACUCACCAGUGGAAUCGCUGAGUUGACUCGCGACUCGCUGGGUUGCGACGCAGACGAAAGGCUUGCGGUUAACUUCGUUUUCACGCUUUCUAAAGUCCCCGACGAGAGCGUUUUGGUGGGGAAUCCGCGCGACGAGCUUCUCCGGCGCGUGAAGGCACUCGCGCCAUGCGUGGUGACUUUGGCGGAGCAAGAGAUGAACGCUAAUACGGCGCCGUUUACAACUCGCGUGGCUGAGUCGUGUUCUUAUUAUGCCGCGCUUUUUGAGUCAAUUGAGUCUUACGUGUUCACAGACACAGUGCGAGUGAAGAUUGAAACGGGACUGAGUCGAAAGAUAAACAACACGAUUGCUUGCGAAGGAAGGAAUCGCGUGGAACGGUGUGAGGUGUUUGGAAAAUGGCGCGCACGCAUGAGCAUGGCUGGGUACGAGUUGAAAACCUCCACUGAGUCAAUUUGUUACCAACUCGCUCCUCCCGAGGGAUUCUCUGUCAAGUUGGAUAACGGUGCCGUUUUCUUUGCAUGGAAGGGAAAAGCUCUCACAUUCGCAUCUGCUUGGCAUUAA